GAAGCACUGUAUCCCUGGGCUCGAACUGCACUUGGUGUUUUGUUUAACAUAUUUGGGGGUCAUUGAGAGGGCUUUAAUUCUGUAGAAAUCUCGUUUUUGUCUGGUUUCACCGAGACACUGCAGCAUGUUAGCACUUAGUGCUAACUUCUAAUAUUUACAUAUUAAAUCGUAAAAACAAUCAGCUCAGGGAGACAAAGGUUUGAAACCAUGAACCAACAAUGAAAAUCAAAUACUUUUGAUACAUUAGUGUUGCGUGGCGCCUUGGUGUGGAACCCCAGGGUUCACCUCCUGGGCAAGAUCAUAUACCGGUUAGGGCGGUUGGUACCUUCCAGUGGACUCACCACACGCAGGAAGUGUUGUGAAGCAAAUGUCGUGGGAGCGGUGUAUGCAGACAAGACUCACGUUUGCGUCCUGUCUCUCAUAUUCAGCAUAGCGAUUGGGAUGUUUGGAUUCCAGAUUCCAUCUUCAGGGGACGUUUCCCUUCAGAGCAGACUAACAUGAACGAUGAGCGGUAAAACAAGGAAAAGAAAAAAAACGAAAAGUGAUGUGUGCCUGACCUCCUCAAUGACAACGACAACAACUCACAGCUCCCCCACUGGAAACCCAUCCAGUCUGUCAGCGUCUCCUCCAGGAGCCAAACAAAGGCAGAGAUGCCUCAGCCGGACAAAGAAAUCAGAUGCAGACUCUGUGGACUCACAGUGCUCCAAAUCCAUAUCUCUGUGCCGAGGCCAGAGCUGCAACAAAACUGAAUGUGUGAACAUCAAGAACCAACAGAGCGUGGGACAGACCAUGGAUGUGGACGCACCUCAGCGCUCCAGGCCCAGAUUUGAACUGAAGCUGUCUGAUGCAGAAGAACAAGACGGGUCGUUGGACUCUUCUGAUCUGUCCAUGGAGCUGAGUCCUGAUGAGAAGCACCGUCCAUCUCUGUCCUUCCAGCCAGAGUCUGAGAGUGAGGAAGACCAAGAUGAAGACCUCCCCAGUUUCCUGAUGCAGAUGGAUAAAAAGCCCGUGUCUGUGACUGAAGGAACGUUUGUGUGGCACAAAUUCAGAAAAUAUCCUUUCUGGCCUGCACUGGUGAAGAGUGUGAAUCGAAGGCUGAGGAAGGCCAGCAUCAUCUUCAUUGAUGAUCUGAGAAUCCACAAAAAGAAAGGAUUUUCUGUGGCCCUAAAACUUCUGAAGCCCUUCGACUGUGACGAGGCUGAGGAGCUGAUGUCUGAGGCCAAAGAGAAGUCUGAGGCCGUACUGAAGUGGUCCACGGAUCUCAUCGCUGACUACAGGAUACGUAUCGCCUGCGGCUCCUUCUCUGGCUCCUUCGUCGAUUACUUUGCUCAUGACAUGAGCUACCCUGUGAGGAGGAAGUAUCCUCAGGAAGCCUCAGAGAGGUUCACCAUUCCCAGUGACGCCGCCCUAGAGGAAUUCUGUGUUGCACUGGAUGAAAGCCUCAGUGAAGAGAACGGGACUGUGGUCGCACGUUCACGGAGAACGCUUCCAGAUCGAACCUCUGCCGCUCAUAACCGUGCCACUGGAAGACUCGUAUAUUACAUCGUGGACCAGCGUCUGGUGGAAGACCGGCUGCUGGCUGUCCUACGUGGACAGCAGCAGUCCAGGUGGCUCCAGGCUUUUCUUAGUACCAAUAAAAACAGGAGGGUCGUGAACUACUACCUGGAAGAUGACCAUCAGUUAGACCAAGUGUACUGCUACUUGAACCAGCUGUAUGCUGCGGAGAUGUCCACAGCUGCUUGUCUGACUCAGGUGUCGUCCAUGGAGCGUGUCCCCUUUGUUCUGGAUGUCCUUCUUCCUGAGGCUAUCAUCUAUGCCAUAGCCGGAGUGGAGAAGGUCUCUGUACAAACAGCAGAGGAAAAGUACCUGAAAGGACGGAGUCUGAGCCACAGGGAAAGACAGGAGUUUGACAUAAUGAUUGAGCAGUUAGUGCAGCAGAGGUCAGAUGAUCAGAACUCUUCUCUCUCACUGCUGCCACCGUGUGACUGUACUUAAUAAUGUGAACCAACAGGCGUGAAUGUGAUCAGAACCUUUGACGACCUCCGACCCAGCUGGAGGCCUCAGCCCACUCCUCAAAUUCCACCUGGUUUUGAGUCAGUUCCUAUUGUCAUCCAUACUGCAGAUGAAAGGUGCCUUAGAUCAGAGGUCUUUGGUAAGGUCAGGUCAAGAUCCCAGACCUGAAGGUGCUGAGGUCUGUGUUAUCAAUUUGAUUUCCAUUCAGAUAACUAUUACAUGAUCUUUACAUUUCUAAACUUGCGAAAUCUGAGCAGAGGCUUCUGUUUCUCACCUUUCCAUUCUGACUGGUGUUUACCAGUAUGGUCUGACAGGACACUAGUUCAUCUGCUCCAACUCUGGGGCAGGAAGCCAAGCUGAGGACGUUGUUUUGACUGAGAAGUUGCAUAAAUGGAGGCACUCGUGCGAAACGUUAGCACUGUAGUAUUAAGUAUUAAUAUUGUAGUACAAAGGCGCCGAUCAGAUGUCAUUUCACUACUUUGUGAUGGCCACACUUUUCAUGUUCAAUAACAUGAGGCUCUGGUCGAUGUCUUUCCUCGAGUAUAUAUUUGUAUAUUUUUGUUUGUUUUUGUAAGAAGUACAUUUUUAUUUUCAGUUAAAGUAUUAAAUAAACAGAUCAAGGAAUCUACAUUUUUGUGACAUUCUGUUGUUUUACAUUCACAGUAAGGUGAUAAAAUAAAAAAUAAAAGAACCAUUGUACAGCAGAGGAGAAAAGCUGCUGUGGUCUUGUCCUCACAGCCAAUCAUAUUCCUGACAGUUGUACUGUCCUUGUAAUUAUUGUCCUGUUUUCUUGGAAUUAUUGCCCUGUGUACUUUGAAAUGAUUGCCCUGUUUUUACCUUUGUAAAUAUUGCCCAGUUUUUGUACUAUAUAGCUUUUUGUUUUUAUACAUUUUUAUAGCUGGACCUUGUACCCAUCCCAUACUCACCUUACCUUUACUAAGUCCCCUUCUGUUGUGAUUGUAUUCUUUUUUGUUGUACUGUGUUUUGUGUAAGCUAUUGGAUGCUUUAAUUUCCCUUUGGGAUCAAUAAAGCAUCUAUCCAUCCAUCCAUAAAUACAUAAACAUCUAGUUGUUGACCUACAUACUUUUGAACACAUUCCCAGUGUGCUACAGGUUUUAAUAUCACAACAGUUUUCCCACAAGGUUGGCCCUCACUGAUCAGAGACAGCUGUUUCUGACAUUUGUUGCCUUAAGGUUUUCAAAUAUUGCUAAUCUCAGUUUAAAUUGGCACCCUCUCGUUUUUAAUAACUGGAUAACUAAUAUCUGAAUACUUUGAGGUAAUUGUCCAUUUUUUGCAUUACAUAAAGUUUGUGCUGUAUUGUUCUCUAAAAAAUAGUUAAUACGUUUCUUGGCUCUUGGUUGUUUUGUAUUUUUUUGGUUUCUAUUUUUAUUUUUUAUUUUUUGCAAUAAGGAAAAAGAGGUGAUAAUGGUUCUACUUAGAAAUGAUGGGAUCAGAGGGACAGUUCAGGAUUAAAGGUGAAGGUAGAGACGUGAGGUGGAGAUGGUUUAGAUGUGCUAAGAGGACACGCUGAAGAUAUUAGACAAAGGAUGUUGGAGGUAAAGGAGGAGGAGGUGACCUCUGAGGAGGUUUGAGAUGUUGUAGCAAAAGCAGAGGAGGAAGAUAAUUUGGGCUGUUUCCCUGGUCCCAUGUGUUCUCCCACAUCUCAACACAGUGCCUAAUAUCUACAAGGAUUUUAACAGAAUUUAAACCAUGUUAAAACUAAAAUGUCCAAAUACAUAUCAAUACUGUAUAAAUGUCAAUAUUCAUGUAAUUUCCAGUUGUCAAAAAAUGACUCCUAAACAUUUUGUUUCAAAAACAGUACCUAUUGUAAUAAAUUUAACUGAAAAUAAGAAAAAUGGCACAUGAACAAUAACACAUAAAAUGACAACAGUUGAGAUAAACAACUGCCAAAAAGAAAA